AUGUCUACUGACAACGUUAACAAAGUCAUCGACCUCACCCAGGAAUUCUUGGAAAACGGAAAAUUCAUAUUCAAAAAUGUCGCUGAAGCGCUGGGAGACAUUGCAGGAGUCGGAGGAUUACUCAAGGCUCUCAUGGCUUUUGCACCUGAAGAGAAGGACCCGGUGAUGGAGAAGUUGGACGAUUUGGAAAAGAAAAUUGAUACGCUCGCCGACAAAAUGAACCUCAAGUUUGGCGAUAUGAAAGCCUUUAUAACUGAGAUGAAUUUCCAAGACGAAGUGAUAACACCAACCUCCAAGUUGACCAAAUAUAUGGCUGAUUGCCUGACAAACCCAGCGCCGGAGGCCUUUGAAAACUUCAGAAAGGCCUAUGAUAAAAAUUCUCUAUUGGAUUUAGCCUAUGGACCAACAACAAACCCGUUGAAAAUGGCAAUGGACGCGGAUAACCUAAAAACAAGGUCAACUUUUGAUAAGUGGCACGAUAUCAUUAAUGGGGUACUUGGACAAUUUCUCUUCCUCGAAGGAUUUGCAAGUGGUCUGCUCAAAGACAGUAACACUUAUGACUCGGAAAGACUCUCCAGUAGAGGACAGAAGCUUUUUGAAACUAUCGAAAACUGGAGAGAGGCUUACAAAAAGGACCUAUCCUAUUGGACAGCUCUGCCAAAGUACCUGGGAGAGUAUCAGGAUACUCAUGAGCAUUUGAACAACUCACAAAAAGCUGAUGAAUUGAAAAAUAUUCUGAAUAAUAUUCUGACAAACGACGCCUUCUACCUAGCCGUGUUCAACGAUGAAGGCUAUGAUGAUUUCAACUAUGCUAUUGAUACGAAUGUUGAAGGACAACUUAUAGAGUCCUACAAACGUGGAAAGUGUUCUGUGAUAGUCUAUAGAAGCACACAAGCAAAUUCAGUGGGUUCCGAGAAGUUGGAACAGAUGAAACAGGAGGUGAAGACGUUGGAGAAUGGGAAGAUUCCGACACGAAUCCACUACAAGGGCUACCCAAAAACCUUAUUCGAUAACCCGAUUCAUAAUGCUGGCUUCAUUUGUAUGAUUGGUUUUAUUGGGGAAGAGACUCGAGCUGCAAACUGUCCAAGACUAGCUGAUGGGCCUGGCUACUGGUUAACAGCGACCACUGCGCCCGAUGAGCGGGAUCAGAAGACUUAUAGAAGACUCAUUGUUGGAUAUCUUUAA